AUGGCUCGCUCCGGCCGGCUGCCUCUGCGCCGGCGCCUCAGGCCGCUGGCUGGCGGCGGCGGCGGCGGCGACUGGCCCCCAUGUGCUGGAGAGCGGCAGCAGCGUCGGCGGAAAAGCGAGCGGCUGAGGGAGGAGGAGGAGGGGGAGGAGGAGGAAGAGCCCGCCCCGACGGGGCUCCCGGGGGGAGGAUCAGCCCCCCAGGUAGGAGGAGCGGCCCGGGCGCGCGCGGGGGGGGUGGGGAGAGCGAAAGAGAGGCAGGACCCCUGGCCCGGGGGCGGGCCGUCUGCGCAGGGCGUAGAGGUGAGGCCGCUGCCGUCCGGGGACCCGCAGCCAACGCCGCCUCCGGCCCCGGAGGGACGAGAGAGCCGGGAGCCACGCGCGAGCGCGGAAGGAGCGCGGGCCCCCGGGGCGUGGAUGGGACCCAGCCCCCGCCUUGGGCUGGCGGGAGGCGGGGGAGAGAGAGAGGCGGUGCCCGCGCGGUCGGCGGAGGGUGGCCGGGCUGCGCACCAGCUCGCCGAAGAGGUUGGUGGCGACUCAGGAGCCCCGAGCGGCGGACUCCCUGCUUGGCUUUCUCCUCACAACAACCCUGUGAAGCAGCAGGCCCGGCGGGGCGAGGAGUGCCUGGCCCCGAGUCGCAUCCAGCAGGGCUUCCAUCCUGGCCGCGUCUCCAAGGAGGGCUGGAAGAGACCCGCGCCUGAAACCCCGGAGGGCCGCCGCUGCCGGGCACUCCGGCUCCCUGGGCCCAGAGAGGCCGCCUUUUGUCAGAAGUGGCGGUUCUCUGGCUUGCGCCGGGGCGGGGAGCAGCCGGCCCUCUCCAGCCCAGCAGCACCCCUCCCGGGGCUGUCACCCUCGGGGUCGGCUGCCUUGCUCCUUGCCGGGGGCCCUUGGGGGGCAGCAAGCAGGCGCCGCUCAGAGGGACCUUCCCGCGGAACCAGCUUGGCAAACCGCUUCGGAGGAGCGCGAGGUCGGACUCGCCCGAGUAGGGCUGCGAACCAGGCGAGGGUCAGAGGCCUCCGCCGCAGCACAGACAGACCGCGCCGCCCGCCCGCCUUCGCCCCCGAGAGGCUGCAGGGACGCCGGGGAUGUUGCCGGGCGAGCGCCUUCGGGCUCCACGCACCACGGCCUGCUGCCGCCCGCAUCUCGCCACACCGACGGCGCCGGACGCACCGACAGUCUUCUGGAUCGCCGAGUCUGCCGUGGACGAGGGCGGACCUCUGCGAGGCGACCUUCGUGCUUCGGCGCACACGGGAUCGUGGCCGCCUGCCCAGACACCGACCCCCCCCCCGCCGCUCCGGGUGAGGCCACCCCGACCUUCCUCCCCUCGGCAGCCCUUGGGCCGGGAAGAGCUGGACCCGUGUGAACGGCGCGACCUCUCCAACGAAUCCAAGCUGCGCCCGAAUCCAAGCUUCAACGAAUCCAAGCUUCGAGGGCCCAAGGCAAGUGGCUGCUCCCCCAAAGGAGCCCACCCACCACCGUCCCUGUGGCGAAGGAGAAGCCGAAGGGCUCGGAGUUCUAAUUCGGGGCUCACAGCGGGGUCCCAAGGCGGCUGCCGCUUCAGUCCCCUGUGGAGGGCCUUGCUCUGUCCCGUUUACACACCGCGGGCUUUGCCGGGAGGCUUCGCUGCCAACAACCCCAAGUGGUCCCCCACCCACCCAGCGAAGAGUAGAUUGGUUUCCCCCAGAGAGCCAUCGGGUUACUGCAUUCUGCCAGGCAGGGAACAACCCGCAUUGUGUGGGAACUGCGCCCCGGUAACUCGCAGGGACUUCGGGGUGAAUCGGGCCGAGAUGUGACCGCAGGAGACGCGAGUUCAAGGCCUUCGGCAGCCCCCCUGCGGAAAACUCCCAGCAGCGAUCAGAGAGAGACAGCCUCGAAAACAGUGGUACGGAUCUUGGAUGCCUAAGGGGGAGACCGCCCGAUUCCCUUCCGCAGCUCGUGGUCAUCUGGGCCAGGAGGAGGGAUUCUGUUCCGUUCCGCUUCUUCUGGGAAGUUCUUUGCUUCUCUUUGCGGGGCACGUUAAACAGUCUCUCUUUAAGCAAGAGUUUAAUCUUCCCCAGAAGGUUUUAAAUGCGAUAUCCCCCUGUCUUGUUGAAUGGCAGUGUUUGUGUUCUUCUUGAUACUUUCCCCUUUUGUUUCAAUUAAUAAAGCCUUACAGCAUACAA